CCCCGGUAGCCUUGUUAAGCCUCAGCGGCCUUCAGAUCCCUUCCACGCUUCGCUCACCAUCCGUGUCUCCUCCUGCCACCUCGGCCUGGGGUGUGCGGAGCAGUGAAUUGGGGCUUUUCAGAGCAUCACAGAAACACACGGAGCUGGAGACUAGCGGACAUCUGUGGAUGGCUCACAGCUUGAAAGCUGGAGACGCAUACAAACUAAAGAAGCAACUUGGGAGAAACAGUCUGCAGAGAGAUGAAAAUUUAGCAAGGAUACGUCUUUAAUGUCUUUAGAAAUAUAAGAUGAUACGUCCAUACAGCCAGAACAUACUCCUAUGAAGAGGAAUAAACUUUGGGGAGUUAAAAAAAAUGUGAUGGCAGAAAUGAAAAUCUAUAAAGCGAUUCUGACGAUAAAGUUGAGAAACUCUCCAGGAAGGUAGACCAAGUAAUAGAUAUAUAGAAAACAGGCAGCAAUGCACACCUGAAAGUAAUGUUAUAUGUUAACUAUACUUCGAUUUAAAAAGAUUAUUUUCAAAGAAAAUAGGAAAAAAAAUAAAACUGGAAUGGUACAAACCAUCGAUGAAACAGACCAAGAAAAUAUCCCAGAAGUGAAGAAUAUUUACUUCUAACCUGAAAGACCCACCAUAUGCUAAAUACCAAGGAUGAAAAUAAACCCACUAUUUCAGAACGCUCGAGACAAAGGAAAAAUCUAAAUAAGGGAGGGUUCAGAGGAAUCGAGAUUCAAGAUUCUCGGUUGCAUCUACCCAGAUGUCCCUAAUUCAAAUGUCGGGAUCCUACCCUAACCUCCUCAAGGUUAGGGUCCUAAAAUACCUAGCCUUGGCAUAGGAAGCCUGGGGCUGAGAAUUCAUUCUCAACAAUUAACAUUGGAGCUGGCCCUCCACUCUGAUGCCCACUGGAUAUAGGUUAGGCUUCCCUUAAGGGCUGUCGUGGGGCCACCUGGUUUCACAGUCUGCCUGGACUUGGUGAUCAGUUCUGUGGACUUAGUUUCUGUUUCCUUCAGGCUCUCAACUGCUGCAGAGACCAUUAACGCAUAUCCUUUCAACCAGUAACCCUCGCAGCUGGCCACUGCUGACAAUUUUAAUAACUGUCCCACCUCAGCAAGCUAGAGACUAUCGGUAUUCUACCUACUACCGUGGGUUCUUGUCAGCCAGACUGUGAACAGUCACCCAGAUUCAUUCUAGAAUUUGUGGAACCACAUCUGAAACCAACGGGCUUAAAUUGGGUUCCUUGGAGAAAGACUCCCAACGAGAAGCUACGUGAACAAGGUUUACUGGGAAGUCCUAGUGCUCGUGGGAUGCACCUGUAAGGAAGUGAGGAAGGCAAGGUUAGGCGAACGGGGAAACUGACACGCAAUGAGGUUACAAGAGAGGCUUCAGCUGAUCCUGUGGGGAACUUGGAAGUUGGAGUGGCCCCUUCAGGGUCGUUCCAUAUUGAGACAGAGAGGCCAGGUCUUUGUAUCCUGCAUCAACCGUCGUCGACAGGCCCUACAGGAGGGCGUGUGACCUUGGGUGAGGCUGUCUCCUGCCAUGGGAGGCAUUGCCAUGAGGGAAGCAGCUGUGUGCAAUCAGCAUCUGAUAUUCCCAGCAGCUGGGAAAUGGGUGCAUUGGUCCCAAACAGGGCAUCCGGGUAGAGCAUUUUACCCACGAAACCUAGUAAAGGAGUAUCGUGAACAGAUGUGCCCAGGACUGUGCCAGAGCCCGUGGCCCAGUGCUCAAGAACCUCAUGAACUAUAUACGGGAUUUUGUAAAUGUAUGUGUUUCCACCUACCGGCACAUAAGCUCUAGAAGAGCGGGCAAUGUAUUUGCUUACCACCGCUUCUCCAGCGUCUAGAAUUUGACUCCUAGUUGAAUGAACCUAACUGGAGGCUUGCAAUAAGAACCAGGAAGUUGCUGUGUGUUAGGCGGAAUCUGGGGGUGACAAGCAUCCAGAGAAAGGGAGGUGGGGCUCGGUGCGAGUGUGAAGCACUCAUCUGGAGCCAAGGCAGAGCUAGGGCACUCUAACCGAGGUGGGACUCCGCAUGAGGGAAGCGCAAGCAUCGCAUGAGUAGGUUUUCUUUCUGCAGUCUCCGGUCUUCACCCCAGCCUCUCUGGAUGCCCGUGGCGUUCUGCAGGCAUCCAAACGGUUGGGGGGAAAGCUUCAUGUUCCACACGAGUGACAUUGUGCAAUAGGGGACGGAGAGUCAGAAGGCAGUGGUUGUGGUUGUGUGGCAGCAGCCAGAGACAAGGUGUCCCCACCAUGUUGCAUAGCCAGCCCUUGGCCGACGUCAAGGGCCGGCUCCGGAUCCGCAGCCACCUGGCCCGGCAGUGCCUGGCAGAGUUUCUGGGUGUAUUUGUGCUCAUGUUGCUCACCCAGGGGGCUGGAGCCCAGGCCGUCACCAGUGGAGAAACGAAAGGCAACUUCUUCACCAUGUUUCUGGCUGGCUCCAUCUACGUGGGUGGUAACGUUUCAGGGGCCCACCUGAACCCAGCCUUCUCCCUGGCCAUGUGCCUGCUGGGACGCCUCCCCAGGGCCAAGUUCCCCGUUUACUGCUUGGUGCAGCUUCUAUCUGCCUUCUGUGCCUCUGGAGCCACCUAUGCUGUCUACUACGAUGCCCUACAGAACUAUACAGGCGGGAACCUGACGGUGACUGGCCCCAAGGAGACAGCCUCCAUCUUUGCCACCUAUCCUGCCCCUUACCUGUCCCUGAACAAUGGCUUCCUGGAUCAGGUGCUGGGCACGGGGAUCCUGAUUGUGGGGAUCCUGGCCAUCCUGGACACACGGAACAAGGGAGUGCCUGCAGGUCUGGAGCCUGUGGCUGUGGGGCUGCUGAUCCUGGUCAUCGGGCUAUCCCUGGGUGCCAACUGUGGGUUCCCACUCAACCCUGCCCGGGACCUGGGCCCACGGCUUUUCACCUACGUGGCUGGCUGGGGCCCUGAAGUCUUCAGUGCUGGUAAUGGCUGGUGGUGGGUGCCUGUGGUGGCCCCUCUGGUGGGGGCGACUCUUGGCACAGCCACAUACCAGCUGCUGGUGGCUCUCCACCACCCCGAGGAGAAGUCAGAGCCGGCUCAGGAUCUAGAGUUUGCCCAACAUACAGCCUGAAGCCUGGAAACUCCUGUCUCUGCCCUGUUGCCGCAGCGUGAGCUCUGAUCCCGACACGGAGCCCUCGCCUCGCUUGUGGACACUGAAGAGCGGCCGCAGAUCCGGGACGGUGGCCAGAGGACGGCUUCCUCCCAAACUGGGAGGGCGAACUGGGAGGGCCAGGCCCCUGCUGCCCUCCACACCCCGGCAGGUCUUCGGACCCUGGGGGCCUCCGCGGACACAGUGCCUCAAAGCGGCCGCCAGAGGGUGCGCCCGGGGAGGCCUGGGGGAGGCCGGGGGAGGGGCGCUUCCCGCGGAGCUCGGCCCCCUCCCGGGCUCCCGGCCCCAGAACCUCGGCGCGGCCGCGCUGCCCUCGCGGGGCGGCUUCCCCCACAUGGGGAGGGGGCUCAAGGGGGUUAACUGAGGCACGGCCCAGUGCCCAGGCGCUCCGGCCGUCCUUCCCGGAGAGGGGUGCGGGCCCCGGCCCGGGGGCGCGCGCUGGGGGGAGGGUCCUCGCUGCCCCGCCACGCGCCCCCGGCCCCCUCUCCUCCGAAUAAAAACGUCCCGGCUCUCUA